AUGGAAUCUGGUGGGCUCAGAUUCAGCUUUGAAGAGCGCUCUCAUCAAGUCCGGGACCUGGAGGAUUCUGCCUAUUGCGGUGUAACCACCUCAGAUUCGAUCCCGACGCCCGAGCGGGCAUUGCUCGCCAAACUGGAGGAAGAGAACAGAAGAAUCGAGGCGGACGCAAAGUGCCCCUCGUUAACCACUGUGCACAGUCGAAAGAACUCCGACACCUCACAGAUUUCGUUGGCUUCAGCCACCAGCUCGAGCCAUGACGAAGCAAGGGUUGAGAGUAACGGCGAAGAAGACUUAUGGAGUCUUUGGGGCAAGCUAGUCAGAAACUGGGAAACAGAAUGGCGUAGACGCAAUCAAUUUGUACGAGAUUUAGUUAGACAAGGUGUGCCCCAUCACUUUAGGGGCAUAGUGUGGGAACUACUCGCGGGUGUUAACGCUUCUGAUAAAAAACUAUACGCAUCAUAUAUAAAGGACACACGGAUAGCGCCCUCUGCAGAGCGUGCCUCCAAGAAUAUGAAACAC